AUGGUUUCUUCUUCUUCUUCUUCAGACAGUGAGAAGAUCAAGCAGAAACAAUUCAACGAUGUCGCAGAAAAACUUGUUAAAUGGUCGUAUGUGGUGGAUUAUUCCAUUGUUGGAACUGCAUGCAAGAAACUGAUCAGACAGAAGCUGGGGUACAUGAAUAAGCCUAUGGUUGUUGUGUUGAACCAACGAGGAAGAAGGACAAAUAACGAUGCUUUGCCCAUGUUAUCUGCAUGGGGAUGCCGUGCAUUCCCAUGGAGAACAGGUGAUGAUUUGAUUCUUGUUCAGAAUUGGAACUGGUUCUGGUCAAUAUUCAAGGAAUUCAAUCAACAACUAGCAAGUUCGAACGAGAAAGAUUGCAACAUUAUCUUCGGAUGCAUGGACGACGUGGACGCCAACAACUACGACGGUAGCUGGUUGAACAAAAUCAACGAUGAGUUGGAGAAAAUAAAAAAGGACAAGAUCAUAAGCUCAAGUGGUUUUGCUAUAAAAUUCCAUCAUCAUGGCAAGCAGCUGGCUGAGAAUGACUUCAAGUUUGCACAUAAGCUUUGGGCUUUUGUAGAGAAUGUGUUCGCCAGCUUGAAAAGUAUGAAGACAAUCAGCAAGGACGACUCCACCUUGGACCAUCUCAAGGAAUUCCUCAGCCUCCGGCGAGAAAAGUCCGGCUGGGUUAUCAUAAGCCGAGGGUCCAAGGUUAAAAUGGUUGGCUCUGGUGAGAGCGUGUGCAAAACUCUCAACAAGUUCGAGUCCUGGAAACACAAUAUCACUCAACAUGGCUUUGAUGGGGCUUUUGUGGAUUACUAUUUCAAUGAGUUUCCAACUCAAUCAAGUUGUCUCUGUUUGGAUCUAAAGACCUAUGUUCCCUUAGAAUGUGUGACAUGCCAAUCUGAGAUGGAGAUACAGGUAGUCAAAUACGUGUGCUGUCAUGGCAACCAUAGCCAUGCCAAAUCAGUUCACAGCCUUGCAUGAGUCCUUUAAGGAAACGUCGUCGUUUUCGCUGAUGGACCUGAUGCUCAGAUUUAUAGGAAGGAGGAGCUGUUGUCUUGAAUUAUGAGCUUGUUUAUGAGUACUGUGUCUUUAGUAAAGCCUUUCUAGUUUCUAUAGGGCUUAUGAUAAUAAUAAAUCCUUCAGGCUAUGAGUCUGUUUCAUUAUUGUAUGUGUGUCAGUGUGUGG